CGGCGGCGCGGCGGGGGUCGCGUAACCGCUGCCGCCUCCCGGUCCCUCAGCCCUCCCCUCGCCUGCCCGGGAUGCCGACACAGCGGGACAGCAGCGCCAGAAGCACCAUGUCGGCUCCGGGCGGCCUCGGCGGCAGCCUCGGCGGGGACAGCGCCCAUCAGGUCCGGGUAAAAGCCUACUAUAAAGGGGACAUCAUGAUAACCUAUUUUGAACCUUCCAUCUCAUUCGAGGGACUGUGCAGUGAAGUUCGAGACAUGUGCUCCUUUGACAAUGAACAGCUUUUCACCAUGAAAUGGAUUGAUGAAGAAGGAGAUCCAUGUACAGUUUCUUCUCAGCUGGAGUUAGAAGAGGCUUUUCGGUUGUAUGAACUAAACAAGGAUUCAGAGCUACUAAUUCAUGUAUUUCCUUGUGUACCAGAACGGCCUGGCAUGCCUUGUCCAGGAGAAGAUAAAUCCAUUUAUCGCCGAGGCGCCCGCCGGUGGCGAAAGCUCUAUUGUGCAAAUGGUCACACUUUCCAAGCCAAACGAUUUAACAGGAGAGCUCAUUGUGCCAUCUGCAGUGACAGAAUAUGGGGCCUGGGUCGCCAGGGGUAUAAAUGCAUCAACUGCAAACUCCUUGUUCACAAGAAAUGUCACAAACUUGUCAAUAGGGAGUGUGGCCGCCCUGCACUGCAGCCGGAACCAAUAAUGCCCAUGGAUCCAUCAUCCGUGCAUCCAGAUAAUGUAGAAUCAGUGAUUCCAUACAAUCCCUCAAGUCACGAGAGCUUGGACCACGUUGGUGAAGAAAAGGAGGCAAUGAGCAUUAGAGAAAGUGGCAAAGCUUCCUCCAGCCUGGGCCUUCAGGAUUUUGACUUGCUGCGGGUGAUAGGAAGAGGCAGUUAUGCAAAAGUGCUGCUCGUCCGACUGAAGAAAACCGAACGUAUUUAUGCCAUGAAAGUGGUGAAGAAAGAGCUUGUCAAUGAUGAUGAGGAUAUUGAUUGGGUUCAGACAGAGAAACAUGUCUUUGAACAGGCUUCAAAUCAUCCCUUUCUUGUUGGACUACACUCUUGCUUCCAGACAGAAAGCAGGUUAUUCUUUGUUAUAGAGUAUGUAAAUGGUGGAGAUCUGAUGUUUCAUAUGCAGAGACAGAGAAAGCUGCCAGAGGAGCAUGCCAGGUUUUAUUCUGCUGAAAUCAGUCUAGCAUUGAACUAUUUACAUGAACGAGGGAUAAUCUACAGAGAUUUAAAACUGGACAAUGUGCUACUUGAUUCUGAAGGGCAUAUUAAACUCACAGAUUAUGGCAUGUGCAAGGAGGGUUUGAGGCCUGGUGACACAACCAGCACAUUCUGUGGGACUCCAAACUACAUUGCACCUGAAAUUCUUCGGGGAGAGGAUUAUGGCUUCAGUGUGGACUGGUGGGCACUUGGUGUCCUCAUGUUUGAAAUGAUGGCAGGACGGUCACCAUUUGACAUUGUUGGCAGUUCUGACAAUCCUGAUCAGAACACAGAGGAUUAUCUUUUCCAAGUAAUUUUGGAAAAACAGAUCCGAAUUCCCCGAUCUCUCUCUGUCAAAGCAGCAGGUGUUCUAAAGAGUUUCCUUAAUAAGGAUCCAAAGGAACGUUUAGGCUGUCAUCCUCAAACAGGGUUUGCAGAUAUCCAGGGACAUCCAUUCUUCCGGAAUGUCGAUUGGGAUCUGAUGGAGCAAAAGCAAGUGGUACCUCCGUUUAAACCAAAUAUAUCUGGAGAAUUUGGUCUGGAUAACUUUGAUUCCCAAUUCACCAAUGAACCUGUGCAGCUCACUCCAGAUGAUGAUGAUAUUGUAAAGAAGAUUGACCAGUCUGAAUUUGAAGGCUUUGAAUAUAUUAAUCCUCUUUUGAUGUCAGCUGAGGAAUGUGUCUGAAUUCUCCAUUUCUGGACUGUGCCAAUUGUUACUCUGUUUCUGCAUGGAUAAACAUCUGCGUUUGGAUGCACUUGCAUAAAAUGAGUAACUGAACGUCUCACCCUUGCCACCUAGUGUGAAUUACUACACUAAUUUUCUUUUUGUAUUAAUUGUUGUUCAGGACAGUUGCUAUGCUGAACCUUCAGCUGCCAGAUUUAAAACUUUAAACCUCUCAACCCUCUUGCCAAACUUGAAUUUUAAUGUAGAAGUUGAUCUCUGGGGCUCCUGACUGAAAAGUGGGGUCUGGCUGUUUAAGCUGCCAAUACAGCAGUUCUGAUAAGGAAAUUUUUUCUUACAGCUUUAAGAAUACAAAUGUCAUUAGGGAUUGUAAUAAAAUGUUGCUCAAGGACUGCCAUUUUCUUAGUAAGAUCUUGUAACUUCCCUAGUUUUAAAUCUUUUCAUUCUAAACAUUAGGUUCCCUGUUCUCCUUAGGUGUACAUCUGUGUCACUGCCCUGCAGACUGAAAUGUCAGCAAGGGGAGCAGAUUUUUACACUGAAUAGGGAAAGAAUUGCAGUAUUGAUCCUGUCCAAAAAGAGGUGAUUAGCUCAAUAUUAGAAACAACAGAUUGCUCUGAAACAAUACCUUAGGAACUGCACACUGGUACAGAGUGCCUUUCUGAGCCUGCCCCUGUCAGUGGGGGUUCUACAUGGUAUAAAGCAUCAGUUGACAGAAGUGGAAUUCAAUUAAUACCUUAAAAAGUUAAAAUCUGUAGACCAUACAUCAUUCAGCAGCAAUGGCAGCUAAUAGUGACAGACAGAGAACCUGUUAUCUAUUUCUUUAUAUACUUGCUGUCUUAACUGUAUCAGGACUGCAUAGGUUACAGCUGUGGCCUAGAUAAGGGCAUGGUUUCCUUAGGUUUUUGUUUUUGUUUUUUUUGUUUGUUUGUGGGUUGGUUGUUUGUUUUUGUUUGGUUUUUUUUCUUACUGCCAUAUUGUUGGGAAUGCAUUCAACUUUGCCAGUGGGAAAAGCAAAUCUAGAAAAACAGAGGUGCUGUCCAGAAAGACUCCCUAAAUUCCUCCCCUUAGAGAUGGUGGUUUUAAUCACAAUCAAACCUGAAAUACUGGUGAGUAGACUCAAAGUUAAUAGUAAAGCAAUUGGAAUGACCUGAAAGAACAGUUUAAAAAAGGACUUUGGGAGGUGUGAUUCUUACAUUUCAUGUUAGUAAGCAGUGUAUUAUACAGCACAGAUAAUUCUUAUUUUUAAGAAAUAGUUUUAAGUGUCUUAGAAGAAAUGCCAAAUGUACCAAUGUACCACUUUUUUAUUACUAUUUUGGAGAAAAGGGAUUAAGAGACAUUGAAGAAAAGAAGCUGUUGUACAAAAGGAGCUGUGAGGCAAGCUAAAUGUUACUGAAAACAGAUCCAAGUAUCUGUGAGCACAAGUUAGCAAACCUUACCUGAAGCUUUUCAUUAGACUUCUGCUUCAUCAGUGUCUCUCCUUCAAAAUCCUCAUGUGGCAACACUGUAAAUUCAUAGCACAAAUCUGGUGUGUGUUUUUUCACUUAGAUGUCAGCUCUAAGCAGAGGGGUUGCACCAAAUGCAUAGUAGUGUCAUAUUGUUCUUUGCAAUGUGAAUAGGAAACUCUUUAAGUAUUGGGCUGAGUUUUCAAACCUGGGAGGUGAUUGGAGGGGCCUCAAUUUCAGGGAAGCAUUGAACCUCCAGACUGUUAAAAAUCAUGUUCCCUUAAACUCAAGUUGUAUAUUUUCAAAUGUAAAAUAUCAGAGUAAACUUGUAAAGAGCAGCCAAAAACUUCAGCAUGUUUAGUUUGUGUCAGGUGAACUGCUUGCUUACAUGCAGUUUUAAAAUUGUAGUUAAUUAAUUGUGUCUGACUUCUACACCUGCAUGAUUAGUUUAGACAUCAAGAUUUAACUGAUAGUAAACUUGGAAUUUAUUUAAAGCAAACAAGGAAAGCCUUGUCUUGGCUUAAUUUCAUAUGGGGUAUUAAGUAAAAUGGUUUUAUGUAAGGAAGGGCAUUUCUGCUGUUCAUGGCAGAAUUAUGGAGUAAAACACUGGCUUUUGUUGUUAAAGCAAAAGUUUUUUUACAGAUAAUGUCACAGAAAAGAUACUUUUUCUAUUUAUGUAUCUAACCAUUAAGAAUGUUGCUAAGUGACAAACAAAUGACUGUAAAUCCAUUUUUAAACUUUAAUUUUCUCCAAAGUGCCAUGAUAUUAACAGUUAUUUUUCGUUGUUAAGCAUAUAGUAACUGUCAUAAAUUGGGACAUUGGGUGUAAACAGUUCAGUGCAGUAGACUUUGUCUUUUGGAGAAAGUGUCUGCAUCAGAAGCAUGAUGUAUUUAUGUGGAGUAACCUCCUUUUUUUGUAUGUGAGUUGGAUUCUUAUGGGUGCUCUGCUAGUUAAUAUCAUCACUACUAUUUUCCUGUUUCGUAUGGAAUAUGGUCUUGAACAUUGUUAUGUAAUCCUUCCCUUUAUUUGUGCACACUUUUUACUUUAAAUAAAACAUUUAUAUUAG